CAUAUUUGAGCAGGUUAGCAGCUCUGCCGCCAUUCACACUGAGUACUGAGCACCACUUAUCAUGAAACGGUCACACUGCAUAAAAGAAUAUAAAACGCAAGCACGGCGUUUCUAUUCACCUUUGUAUUUCUAAGUAUUUAGCCGCUAAGUGAAACAGUGCAACAACAACAACAACAACAACUGCUAGAGGAACGCCAGGCAAUAUUCGAUGCUGACCGGUGGAAAAAGUACAGCAAAAAUCUUAAAUAAUAUGUGUUAAACAAUUGCUGGGCAAUUUCGGCAAGGCAGGCGGCAGCGCAGCGGUUUCGCCAGCGGAGUUGCUGAGAACGGAAACUGUAAACAAACGCGAUCGCUCGGUGGCUUUUCCACAUUGUACAGUCUCACACUCACACACACACACACAGAUACGCCCAUACGAUGGAGGCGCAAAAACUUUAUAUAAAAGUUACGCGACUCUCACUGAAAUCCGCCUCGAAUUUGUCUAAGCGCCGCAUCCAAGAGCUAAACUCCGGCAUUGGUGAACUGCGCCAGCUGCUGUCGUGUGCCGUCUGCUGCCAGCUGCUGAACGAUCCCUACAAGCCGAAGGACAAACGCUGCGGCCAUCAUGUGUGCCGGCUGUGCCUGCGCGGCCGCAAGCGUCUGGUGCCUAGUUGCGCGCAGUGCAACGAUUGCUGCGACUUUAAGACCUACGAGGAGAACAAAUCGAUGGCCAUGACACUGUUGUGCUAUAAGACGCUAUGUGUUCAUCUGCUGCAGUCGUCGCUAUACGCGCAGCUCUACCAGCUGCAGCCGGACAACGAGAGGAGCUACUACAUCGAGCGGCGGCCACGCAUUAGGCUGCCGGACAGACCAACACAAUGGUUCAUACAGGAGGGUGCCAAUUAUGAGGACAUGUGUGAUACAUUUUUAUCACAGCCCGAGUUGCCGUUCCUGGGGCACAUGCCCCCAUCGCUGCCAGCCGAGACGCCGCCAACGACGGCGGCCACAACGCCGGAGCUGCCGUACGAACAGCAUAUGCCCGAUCAGCUGUCCCUCACAGAUAUUGAGCUGGAAGCAGCGGUAACCGGCGAGCAGGCACAGUACGCCCAUCCUUUGCCGAUGAUGACACCGGGUGCGCGCAUUUUAACCCACAGUCACAUUGCACCACAGCCACAAAUGCUGAUACCAGCCGAACAGACAUUGCUGCCAGCUGGUUACAUUGAGUCCCGCUGGUCUGAUCAAGUGGAUCUAUCGGGUGCCCUCUCGCUGCCCACAUACGCCAACAGUCCGACCUACACAACAUACGUAAUGCCCAGCAACGAGCUGCAUAUGCCCUCCAUUGGUCAGGUGGUGCAACUGCCACAGCAGAUGGCAACAACGACGACCACGGCGUUUGAACCAGUUGCCGUCAGUGGUGUCAGCAGUAAACGUCGGCAUGCCCAGCUGCUGCUUGAAGAUGUGCCGGAGGAACAGUUGCAGCAGCAGAUGGACAGCAACGAGCCCGUUGUCACAAGCCAGGCGGGCACACGCAUGAAUUUGCGCAAUCAUAAGGCCACCAUAAUCUCAUCGGUUCAGGUCAAGCCACCUACUGCGACCUCAUCUCCAAUAAUUACAGCAGCUCCCGUGGCUACAGCGCAUGUAGCAAGCCUUCCUGCAGCUGUAGUAAAUGUCGCAGGUGCUCCUCCUCCUCCAGCUGUAGUCAGUGUAGAAGCCGCUCCCGUGGUUGUAGCUGCAGCCCCGGUAGCUGUUGCUCCCGUAGCCGCAGCUCCCACACCUGCCGUAGCUGUAGUUCCUGUAGCCAGAACAACUAGAGCUGCAGCUCUUGUAGCCAAGGCUACCACAGCUGCAGCUCCCGUAACCGCGCCUGUUGUAGCUGCAGCUCCGGUAGCAGCUAAAGCUACCGUUUCCACUUUUCCAGUCACAUCCACACCAGUCAAGGCACGCGGCCCACCACCAGUGUCAGGCAAAUUCCAUAAGGCCAAGCCGAAAGAUACGCGCAUGUCGCACAUUUGUCGCUGUGGCACCACAUCGGCACCUGGCAGAGCGACCUGCCGCAACUCACGUUGCACUUGCUACGUGGCGGGCAAAUCGUGUGUGGAUUGCAAAUGCAUUGGCUGCAAAAAUCCACACCAGGAUGCUGCUGAAACCAGCGAUGAAGAAGACUCCAAUUUAGAAGCGCCCACGAAAACGGUUGCAGAGGUGCCCGCGCCGGCAGCAGCAGCUGCAGAGGAGCCCGCGCCGUCUGCACCAGAAGCAGCAGCUGGCAUGCAAUCUGGCUUCACUUUGGUGCCGCUGGACAAUUUACAGCAGACGCAGCAUCCGUUGGUUCUAAUGCAAAAUGAGAAUGGUCAAUAUCAGGGCUUCAACAUCUUUAACGGCACUGAACCCGUCGAUCCCGCUCAGCUGGGCUUCCAGCGCGUGCCGCUGCGUAGUAAUGAUGGCAAUACGUCCAUACCUGAAUUUGCGUACGUUAUGCCGCCGCCAGCUGUGGCGGAACCAACGCUGGAAACACACUCGACGCCAUCGCCCACAGAGCAGCGGGCAAAGAAGUUCAAGGGCGUGGAGUCCCCUGAAUUAGAUGCCGAUUGCAGUUCGUCCAUCAAGUCUGCGGCUGAGCUUGUCAGUGCCGUCAAUGCUGCCGCUGGCGACAGCCUCGGCGCUGACAAGGAACACGCCAUGUUUGAGUAUUUCCUCAACGAAGAUGACGAUUUCUAUAAUUAUUGCACAACCAUGUACUCAUUUUAUGUUUGUAUUGCCCAAGAGUUUUACCCUGGUACAACCAGUCAGCCAUAAAACCAUAAUCAACAAAUCAUAUACAUAUACUCUAAUCCCAAUGUCUCCAGGAAAGAGCUCUCAAAACUCAUAUAUACCCUAAGUGAGGACACUUAGGCGACUAACAGAAAUUAUUUAUGACGCACCCCUUAGUUUCCUUUUUUAUAAUUUUGUGACCUCUAACUUUAAGUGAUAUUGUAUGUUAACGUACAUGAACAACUUGAUAACCUUAACGCUUAAGUCAGGCGCCGCGAUGCAGGAUCUGCACCAACUAAA